AUGGAUUUUGUCUAUUCUAAGUUAUGUCCGCGAGCGCGUAAUUCCGUUUGCACAGUACGUAUUGGAUCUAUCCGGGGAAAUAUGACGGAUCUGAUCGAGCUAUCAGAACUCGGGGGUUCUCUCAUGAAGCGGAGGUCUCACUCGACUCAAGAUUCUCUACUCGAUGCUCCGCACGAUGGGUUAGAGAACAUGGAUGCAGAUGCUCAAAGUUCUCUUGGAACGCUGACGUCUCCACGAUGGCAGAGUACAGCUCUGCGCAAGGAGAAGAUCAAGAGAUUUUUCAUUGUGGCUUGGGAAGGUCCAAUUCACCCUGUUGAUAAUCCUCCACAACCUAUUGGAUGUUUACUGUGGUUGGAAUCUCUACCGCUCGUAUUCAGACAGAAAACUACUGCCGGUGCAAGAAGGAUAAUAUUGGGCAUUUAUCUAUUGAUAUGGCUAUCAAUAUGGACUCGGAUCCAACUUCCAUAUCUUUCACAACCUCCAGAGGUUUCUGGUAUGGACACUGAAGUUAUAUCGCUCACUUGUGAACAAUCGGAUAUGUUUUGGAAAGGCAAGAAUGCAGCGUGCGGACUAAAUGCUGAAAAUUGUCCUUCACUUGACACAAAGGAAGAUAUUUUUAUACGGUGCCCAGCUCUCUGUGAUAGGGGUAGCUGGUUAUAUUCCCUGAGAGCAAUUGGAGACCAAGUGGUUAAGUAUAGAGGCUAUUUUGUGGGAGGAGGAGAAACUGCGGGUAAUGAAGAAAGGUUGUCCCAUCCAUAUCGUGCUGAUUCGUUUCCUUGUGGUGCAGCUGUGCAUUCGGGGAUAGUGUCACCUUUCUUUGGUGGAUGUGCUCGAAUUUCAUAUUCCAGUGGCGCCCAGACGUAUUUCAAAGAUACUAAAGGUCAUUAUGGAGUGUCUGACUCCAUCAAGUUUGAUACUUUUUUUCCGUACUCCUUCUUCUUUAAAGGGCUUUCGGCUAAAGUUACUCAGUGCUAUGAUCCAAGAUUUCCAAUUCUUUUACUCAAUAUUUUUAUGGGGAUGCCCAUAGUGUUCUUUGGUUCCGGUGUUACCUUCUUUUGGAUAAUGUCAAUAGUGGGCUAUUGGACAAUUGCUUUUGCCACAGACCCUCCUGUCCUAGUGGACCCUCACGACAAAGAAACCUUCUUUCAGCUCAUAUCAGUCGGACUUGAGAGAUUUCUUCCUACAGCAUUUGUCCUUCACUUUCUUUGGGUCGUCAGUGUGAAGCAGACCUUUGGGUCGUUGCAUGACUAUGUGAAGCUUCGCAUAUCAGAGGACGAGGAGCGUGGUCCUCGGGGAGAAAACUCCUCCAACUAUUCCACGGUUACGAGAUUGAUUCUUUGGUACCCUUUCUUCUGGCUUGGCGUCCUCAAUAAUGUAACGUUCGAUCGUCUUCCAGUUGAUAGGCUUACGUGGCACGAUUUACAAGUCCAACCAGGUGCGCUUCUUACGGUUCUGAUAGUUGCUCUUGUUUUGGUUUUCUGUAUCAUAGCGCAAGCCUACUAUGUAUGGCUUCUGGGCCGUUUCUGGAAAUUGAUCCUGGUUUAUGGCGUUAUGUUCAUGAGUUUGAUUUUGAUUGCCAACAUUCCCGGACUAACUUUACGCAUACAUCACUACAUUUUUGGUCUCAUGUUUAUUCCAGGGUGUGCUACAAGAGGAAGAACGGCAUAUGCUUUUCAAGGCAUUCUUCUCGGUUUUUUUCUCUCCGGUGUUUCAAGAUGGGGAUAUGCAUCGAUUGCAGAAACAGACAUAUCAUUGUUACGAGGAGAGCCUAUUGGAAAGCUUAAACCCCCGGAAAUAUUUUCAGUGAACGCAGGUGUUGUUUAUUGGAAUGAACCUUCAUUUCCAGGCGAUUCGGAUAUGCCUUCUCGAUUAUUGGAGGACUACUCAGAUAUAUCUGUUUUGAUCAAUGAUAUAGAGAGAUACAGAGGGAAAAAUAUUGGCAGUCUCAAUAUCACGCAACUCAUAGAAAACAACACAGACCUUGGUGAUUUGGUGAGAAAAUCAAUGGAGCUUCUUGCGCCUGAUGCGGAGAUUCCAUUGUAUUUGAGAAUAGCAAAGUACUCACCACAGAAAAAGAGUCUUGGUGACUAUUCUAGUGCCUCCACUUUGCUCUUACCAUCAUACAACCUAACAAUCGGUGAAUUGGGAAUUACAUAG